AGUCAUCUUCAGCCAUGAAGAUUCUUUUCGCUAUUCUACUAGCUAUUGUUUCAGUUCAGGCAAAGCCUGGAGGAAGAAGAUCUCCACCUUGUGGAAUUCCACCAUUCUUGGACAGUCUUCCAGAAGAUGCCCAGGAAAAGAUUAAUGAUAUCUGGAAGGAUUACAAAGAAGGAGAUAAGUGUUAUGAGGAACAAGGAUUGACUCGUGAAGUUAUCGAUUCUCUUCCAAAGGAUGCUCGCAAAAAUCUUCACAAAAGACCAACUCUUCCAUUCCUUAAGGGACUUCCAAAAGACAAACUUGCAAAAUUCGAAGCUAUUUUCAAGGACAGAUCAGUUCCAUGGAGUGAGAAGCCAGAAAAGAUUGAAGCUCUUGCUGAGAAGGAACUUGAUGGAGAUAACUUGAAGAAAUUCAAGGAGUUCAAGGAGAAGAAGGAAAAGGAAGAUAAGGAAUACAAGGAGAAGGAAACAAAAUUGUCUGAUGAAGCAAAGAAGGCACAUGAAAAGAUUGAAGCAUUGAACAAGCAGAAGUUUGAAAUUCUUGGAGAUCUCAGCGAAAAGGCCAAGGAAGAACUUUUCGAUUUGUGGAAGAGUCGUCCACAUUUCAGAGGAGGACAUCGUGGAGGAAAGCACUAAAUGUAUCAUUUGUAAUAAUUAUUUUAUAAAUUUUUCAUUGCUU